CAUAACCUCACUUUUUGGCAAUUUUUGAGGUUGUUUUAAAAUUAUGAAAAAAGUGUCUGGGACUCAUUUAAUAAUAAAAAUUGUUUAGAUCAAACUUAAGAUUUGAGGCAUUAUCCACAUUUUUGUCCCAUUGGCCGGAUUACAUAAUCCCACCUUUGGGAAAUAAUUAUGGAAUUUUGGGAUAAUUAUGACCACGAUGACCCAAAAUUGACUUAUAUUGUGGAAAAUAUUAAGUCACAAGAAAUAGAAGAGUUGAUCAGUUACGAAUUUUUGGGCUGCGAGUGUGAUAAUAUGUGUACAUCUGGCCAGUGUACGUGCCUUCAAAGAAGUGGGGCAAAUUACGUUUAUUCAGACAUUUCAGCCUUGAAAAAUUACGUUAUCAGUGUAACAAAUGAAAAUAAACCGAUUUAUGAAUGUAACAAUAACUGCAAGUGUUGUACAAAAAUGUGUGGUAAUAAAUUAGUCCAACUAGGACCUAGAAAAAACCUCAAAAUUGUAAAAACUGAAAAUAAAGGAUUAGGCCUAUUUAGUGCCGAUAUUAUAGAUAAAGGAAAUUUCAUUUGUGAAUAUGCUGGUGAGGUAAUCACUCAGGCUGAAGCUCACAGACGUUUUGCCUCUUAUGCAACAAUGGGGCUCCAACACAAUUACAUUUUUUGCAUAAAUGAGAAUUUUGGAUCUAAAAACGAAAAAACCUUCAUUGAUCCGACGUUCUACGGCAACAUGGGACGUUAUAUAAACCACAGCUGUGACCCAAACUCAGUUUUAAUCCCAAUCAGAGUGGACAACCUCCCAAAAUUAUGCAUUUUUGCCAAAGAAUCCAUAAACAAAAAUACAGAAAUCACAUUCAACUAUGGCCAAAGCAGCUCAAACCAGAAUAAUAAACCAUGUUUAUGUUUAUCAGCAAACUGUAAAGGGUUUAUGCCCUAUGAUGGGACAGUCUAAGUACUUACUGAAGACUUGUAGUACUCUUGUAGGUCACGACAAGGAAACACUAUAUUCAAAUUUCUGACGUCCUUGAUGGGGUACAUAUAAACACAAGUACCAAAAUGUUCAUCUUUGAAUGGGUGUUCCUCCCAUCUGGGGGCUUCAAUGGACUUGUCUUUAACCUCAGAGAAUAAUUUCACAACCAUUGCUUCUAACUCAUCUAGACUUUCUACAAAAAAUGUUUCACUUCCAGUGUUUGUAAUGCAAUUUUUGUACCUUUUCCUAACACAGCUAGACACAUGAUGUUUGAUGAAUACCAUUUGUCAUGAAACUUUAAUAACUCAUCUCUUACGUUAAUACUUUUUUCUUUUGGGAGCGUAUCCAAAGUGUGUCUGUUGCCUAAUUAAUAAAAAAUAAUUAAAAUCUUU